GAUUGUACAUGUGUUCAAUACAAAUUAUGUUUUAUGCAGUCUACGUACAGUAGAUCGCUGGAUUGCUAUUUGAGGAACCAUAUUGCGAAUACAAAAGUUACAAGAGGAAAGUAAACAAAUCGUUCUGAUUAUAGGCCACCACUGACUGGAUCUUAUGAUAGAGGCAGAAUAAUUAUCUAGAUCUACUACUCGGUCUGUCUCACUCUUUAGUUCGAGUCUUUCGUCGGAGAUUGAUUGAGAAAGAGAGAGAGAGAGAGAGAGCAGAGUCAGAGACGGAGUCAACAGAGCAGAGUGAGCAGAACACACACUGAAGACUAGAGAGAGGAAGGGGCAUCACCAUGCCUAAGAAGGGUAAGAAAGGAGGAAAGAGGGGUGGAGAUGAUGAUGACGACAUGCCUAAGACAAGUACUGCUCCCAGCGUCGAGGAUGGUGACAGUGCUGCCAAAAGCAAAAAAGACAAGAAAAAGGAGAAGAAAAAUCAGAAGAAAGGCAGACAAGAUGAUUCUGAUGAUGACAUUCCAGACCCUAUAGCCGCGGCAAUGAAAGAAGAGGAAGAGGAAACAAACAGAUCUACUUCAGCCAAAGCAUCUAAGAAGAAAGGAAAGGGGAAGAAGAAAAGAGGAAAGAUGGACGAUUCUGAUGAUGAUGAA